AUGCCGACGCCGAUCGCCGUCCGUGGAGAUGACGCAAAGGCCACUGAGGAGUAUCAAAGGUGCUGUGAGCAACGCGACAAGUACGACCAUAGCAAGAUCUGCAUCCCUCCAAAGGUGGAUGUUCCUCAUGUACCCGAACCUAUAGGGGAUGGCAAAGAACAUGGAGAUAAGGACGAGCACGACGACGGAAGCUACAAGCCCAACAAGCCACAGCCAGACCCUCCAGUCAAACCAGAAGAAGAUAAAGAUGAAAACGAUGACGGUGGCUAUGAGCCCCAUCCACCUAAGCCUCAACCAGAGCAUCCACCCCCGAAGCCGGAGCACCCGACUCCUCCAAAGCCAGAACAUCCACCUCCAAAGCCAGAACCACCUAAGCCAGAGCAUCCUAAGCCAGAGCAUCCUAAGCCAGAACCACCCAAGCCAGAACCUGAGCAUCCCAAGCCAGAGCCUCCGAAACCAGAGCAUCCACCUCCAAAGCCGGAGCAUCCCAAGCCAGAACCCCCCAAACCGGAACCCCCCAGGCCAGAACCCCCCAAGCCAGAGCACCCAACUCCUCCCAAGCCGGAACAUCCACCCCCAAAGCCCGAACACCCAGUUCCUCCUAAGCCACAACCUGAGCAUCCCGCUCCUCCCAAGCCGCAGCCCGAGCACCCGCCUCCAAAGCCCGAGCACCCCACUCCUCCUAAGCCGCAGCCCGAACACCCAGCCCCUCAGCCGGAGAAGGAGGAGGAUGAUAAGCCAGAUCCAGCACCACAGCCAAAGCCCGUCCCGGAAGCCGAUCAACACGGUUACUACACUUUUGGGGAGGAGAUCAGCCUCAAGUGUGAGGGCGGUAAGAUCGUGGUCAAGGGUCACAAGUAUUAA